AUGCAAUCGUCAUUAGAUGACUUAGUACAGUAUACGCAGCUUUUUAAACCUAUAGCAACUGUUCUGCAAGGAACUGUUCUUCCUUUUCUCAUAAUUUAUCCAAUAAUAUUUUAUUUUUGGAUCUUUGUUUACGGUUUUGAGGAAAACUUUGAGGCUGGUUUCGUCACUGUCGCUGUAGUAGCAGUAAUACAAAUUCUUAUUUGUCUAUGUUGUUAUUGGAGUGUUCAUAUACAAUGUUUUCUUUCCUGCACAGCCGUUAAAGAUCCAAUACAAGCUGAAAUAGUUAAAGUUGUACCAACAUCCAAUAAUGGGUCGUCAGAAAUAGUAAGACUACAUCACACAAAGUCUACAAAGAAGGGCAAUCUCAAUCCUGAUGUUUGGUUUAUUUUUCAAAAGAGUAAAUAUGUUUAUGAUUGGGACAAAAAGAUAUUCCACACUAUAGAUUUUCCAAUUAACAAAACAUAUGAAGAGUAUAUAGAAUCUAAGGGAUACUUAGAUGAUGAAUCCAUUGAUAUUGCUGAAAAAGAAUAUGGUAAAAAUGAAAUGAUAAUGGUGGUGCCAGAGUUCAUGGAAUUGUUCAAAGAAAGAGCAACAGCACCAUUUUUUGUUUUUCAAGUUUUCUGUGUAGCUCUGUGGUGUUUAGAUAAAUAUUGGUAUUAUUCCAUAUUUACACUUGUGAUGUUAGUCAUGUUUGAAUGCACUUUAGUCCAACAACAAUUGCGAAAUAUGGCAGAAAUUCGGAAAAUGGGAAAUAAGCCUUACAAUAUCAAUGUAUAUAGGAAUAGGAGAUGGCGCCAAAUAAUGAGUGACCAGUUGUUACCAGGAGAUAUUGUUUCACUCACUAGAUCUCACAGUGACAACUUAGUUCCUUGUGAUAUAUUGCUCUUAAGAGGUUCUUGUAUAGUUGAUGAAUCUAUGUUAACUGGAGAAAGUGUACCCCAAAUGAAAGAAGCACUUGAAAAUGAAAAGAAUUUGAAAGUAAACUUAGAUCCUGAAGGUGAUGGAAAGUUGCAUAUGCUUUUUGGAGGUACUAAAAUUGUACAGCAUUCAUCGCCAAGUAAGAAUAUAACAUCAGGCCUCAAGGCUCCUGACAAUGGCUGCAUUGGCUACGUUAUUCGGAAUGGCUUUAAUACAUCUCAGGGAAAACUUUUAAGGACUAUUUUGUUUGGAGUCAAGAGAGUAACCGCUAAUAACCUUGAGACAUUUGGGUUCAUUUUGUUUUUGUUGAUUUUCGCCAUAGCCGCUGCAGUUUAUGUUUGGGUGAAAGGUUGUGAAGAUCCCGAAAGAAAUAGAUACAAACUAUUUUUGGAAUGUACACUGAUUUUAACAUCUGUGGUACCACCUGAACUACCAAUUGAAUUGUCUCUAGCUGUAAAUACUUCACUACUUUCUCUAUCAAAAUUAGCAGUAUUUUGUACAGAACCAUUUAGAAUACCGUUUGCAGGAAAAGUAGAAAUUUGCUGUUUUGAUAAGACUGGUACUCUCACAAGUGAUAAUUUAGUAGUGGAAGGUGUUGCUGGCAUUGGUGAACAUACAGAUGCAACGGUUAUUCCAUUGUCUGAAGCACCUAUAGAGACCAUACAAGUACUAGCAUCUUGUCAUUCUCUUGUCCAACUUGAUGAUGGUAUCGUAGGAGAUCCCUUAGAAAAAGCAACUCUGAAAGCUGCCGAAUGGAACCUAACAAAAGGUGAUGCUGUAGUACCUAAAAAAGGAAAAUCACCUGGUUUCAAAAUUGUACAUAGAAAUCAUUUUUCAAGUGCACUUAAAAGAAUGUCUGUAAUAGCCGGUUAUCAAAUAAAUGAGCGGGGCUUUAUGGAAACUCAUUAUAUAAGUAGUGUCAAAGGUGCACCAGAGACAAUAAAAACUAUGCUCAAAGAAGUUCCCAGUCAUUAUGAUCAUGUUUAUUUAACAUUGUCUAGAAGAGGAGCAAGAGUUCUUGCAUUAGGCUACAGAACUUUAGGCAAACUAAGCUCUCAAGAGAUUAGAGAUUUGUCUAGAGAGGACAUUGAGUGUGACCUCACAUUUGUUGGUUUCGUUAUAAUUUCAUGUCCUUUAAAAAGUGAUUCAAAAAAAGCUAUAUCUGAAAUAGUACAUGCUUCACAUUCCGUUGUUAUGAUUACUGGUGACAAUCCAUUAACGGCUUGUCAUGUUGCAAAAGAACUUAAAUUCACGCAAAGGAAUGAAGUACUUAUAUUGACUGAAAGCAACAAUGAAUGGAUUUGGAAGUCCAUUGAUGAAAAAGUUGUUCUGCCAGUGGAAGUUAAAGAAUCAAAAGAAUUGACCACUAAAUUUGAUCUUUGUAUUACUGGAGAGGGCCUUACAUUCCUCAAUGAUCAAUACCAUAAACUUAUGAUAGAAUUAAUGCCACAUAUUAAAGUGUUUGCAAGAUUUGCUCCAAAACAGAAAGAAUUUGUAGUAAUUACUUUAAAAGCUCUUGGUUAUGUAACCCUAAUGUGUGGAGAUGGUACAAAUGAUGUUGGGGCUUUAAAACACGCUGAUGUGGGAGUGGCAAUUUUAGCAAACGCUCCUGAGCGCCCACGUGAAAAGCUUCGUGAAGAGCGUGUAUCGGAACCGGAACCCCAAAGAAGACAUCCUGGCGCUCGCAUAGAUCCUCGUGCUGAGGCUAGGGCCGAAGCGGCAGCAAGAUUAAGGAGAGCUAUGAAGAAGUUGGAAGAGGAAGACCAACCACAGCUCGUCAGGUUGGGAGAUGCUAGCGUGGCCGCACCAUUUACGAGUCGCCUAUCUAGUAUUCUUUGCAUUUGUCAUAUCAUCAAGCAAGGCCGAUGCACACUCGUGACGACUUUACAAAUGUUUAAGAUUUUGGCUCUGAACGCACUUAUCCUUGCGUACAGUCAGUCGGUACUGUACCUCGACGGUAUAAAGUUCAGCGACACGCAGGCCACAUUGCAGAGUUUAUUACUUGCAUCAUGUUUCCUCUUCAUUUCGAGAUCUAAGCCACUAAAGCAACUGUCAAAAGAGCGACCUCUACCGAAUAUUUUCAACGUGUAUACCAUAAUGACGGUGCUAACACAGUUCGCUGUGCACUUCCUUUGUCUGGUGUAUUUAGUGCAUGAGGCAAAGAUACGGUCGCCGGACAGAGACACUAAACCAAAGUUAGAUAUGGACCUAGCAGAGGAUGAAGAACGUGAAUUCGCUCCAGACCUACUCAACAGUACAGUCUAUAUCAUAUCGAUGGCUCUACAGAUAUCGACUUUUGCUAUUAAUUACAGAGGGGAGCCGUUUAUGGAGGGUUUGCGUGAAAACAAACCGCUUCUAUACAGUAUCAUGCUCUCGGGUGGCGCGGUGCUGGCGCUCGCUGCUGGACUCAUUCCAGAUCUUUCGAAUAUGUUCGAGAUUGUAUAUUUUCCACCUGAUUACCGACUAAUAUUAGUGCAAGUUCUCAUAGCGGAUAUGGUGUUCGCAUACUUGGUGGACCGCAUUUGCUUGUGGCUGUUUGGUGAAGGACGCGCUUACAAAGUUACGUAG